CCUCUUGUCACCGUUCACCGUGGCGCCGGCGACCAUGGCGAUCCCAAAUGUGGAGGAGGGCAAGCUGCUCAGCGAGGCGCUCAACGUCGUCAAAAUCCAGGUGCAACAGAUGAAGCGCAACCUGGAAUUGGACCAGCUCAUGGACGCGUUGAAGAGCGCGAGCACGAUGCUGGCUGAGCUGCGCACGUCGUCGCUGUCCCCCAAGCAGUAUUACGAGCUGUACAUGGCCGUGUUCGACGCGCUGCGAUAUUUAUCGAAUUAUCUGUACGAGGCGCACACCCAGGGCAAGCACCACCUCGCCGACCUGUACGAGCUCGUGCAGUAUGCGGAGAACAUCGUCCCCCGACUGUACCUCAUGAUCACCGUCGGCUCCGUGUACAUGUCGAUCCCAGAGGCCCCCAUCCGCGAAAUUAUGAAGGACAUGAUGGAGAUGUCGCGCGGUGUACUUCAUCCCAUCCGUGGUCUGUUCCUUCGACACUACCUCAGUGGCCAGACGCGCGACCACCUUCCCGUAUCGCUGGAGCCUGGGCCAGCAGGCAGUCUUCAGGACUCCAUAUCCUUCGUCCUUACCAACUUCAUCGAGAUGAACAAGCUCUGGGUGCGCCUGCAGCAUCAGGGCCACUCCCGCGACCGCGAGAAGCGCGAGAUGGAACGGCGCGAGCUGCGCAUCCUCGUCGGGACCAACCUCGUCCGCCUCAGCCAGCUCGACGGCGUCGACCUCGACAUGUACCAGCGCAUCAUCCUCCCCAGCGUGCUCGAGCAGGUCGUCAGCUGCAAGGACGUGAUCGCGCAGGAGUACCUCAUGGAGGUCGUCAUCCAGGUCUUCACGGACGAGUUCCACCUGCACACCCUCGGGCCUUUCCUCUCCGCGACCGCGCAGCUGCAUCCGAAGGUGAACAUCAAGAAUAUCGUGAUCUCGCUCAUCGACCGGCUCGCGGCGUAUGCGGCGCGCGAGGCGGAGAACGAGGACCCGGAGGAGACGAAGCGGCAGGAGGAGGCGGCUGCGAAGCGGCUGGCGGAGAAGGUGCAGGCGCAGAAGGCGAAGGUCCGCGAGCAGAACUUGCGCGCGCAGGCGGCGGAGGCGCCCAGGUCUGCUGAGGCGGAUGCGUGGGGCGAGGAGCCGCCGACGAGCCCGACGAUCGGCGAUGAUACCACUGCGGUCGAGCCGUCGGAGAAGCCCUCAUCGCCUACGACUCCGGCGCCGAAUGGCACGCCUGCGACGGAGUACAAGUCACCUGAGCCGAAGGGCAAGGGCAAGGAGGGUACGCCUGUACGCAAGUUCCGCGGUGUUCCCGAGGAUGUGCAGCUCUUUGAGGUGUUCUGGCAGCAGGUCGUGCAGCUGAUCAGGGCACGGUCAGAUCUGUCUAUCCAGGACAUCACAGCCCUCUUUGUCUCCCUGACGAACCUCUCGUUGAGUUGCUACCCCGACCGGCUCGAAUAUGUCGACCAGGUCUUGGGAUAUGCGGCAGAGAAGAUCAAGGAGUACUCUGACAGCCCCGACCUCCAUGCACCCCAAACCACCCAGAACCUCGCCGCCCUGCUCAUCGCACCCAUUAACUCGUACCAAUCCGUCCUCACCCUCCUCGCCAUCCCGAACUAUGUACCCAUGCUGGGCGGCCAACUCUUCUCCACACGGCGGUCGAUCGCACAGUCCAUCAUCUCGAGCGUGCUGAAGAACGAGACUAUCGUCGAGACGCCCGAGGAUGUCGACGGUGUCCUCGAAUUGUGCCAUGUUCUUAUCAAGGACCAGUCCGAGGGCGCGGCGGCGCCGAUAAAUGGCGUCGCGCGCGACUUGAGGAGACAGGGGACGUAUUCGGUCGAAAGGGAGGAGUUGGCGGAGGAGCAGGGCUGGAUAGCGAGGAUGGUGCAUUUGUUCCGGUCUGAUAAUCUGGACACGCAGUUUGAGUUGCUACAAACAGCAAGGCGACAUUUCGACUUGGGAGGCGAGCGGAUACGCUAUACCUUCCCGGCGCUCAUCACCGCCGCGAUUAAGCUCUGCAGGCGAUACAAGACGCGGGAACAUAUGGAGGAGGGCUGGGAAGACAAAGUCAACUCCAUAUUCAAGUUCUUGCGACAACUCACGUCCAUCCUAUCAACACAAGGCGACGCACCCACCAUCGCCCUCCGUCUCUUCCUACUCGCCGCGCAAGUUGCGGACGAGUGCGGGUUCGAGGAUCUCACGUACGACCUCUACGUGCAGGCGUUCACGGUCUACGAGGAGAGCAUCAACGAGUCGCGCGCGCAGCUGCAGGCGAUAACCCUUAUCAUCGGCACUCUCGCAAAUGCCCGCGUCUUUGGGUUCGAUAACUACGACACGUUGAUCACAAAGGCGGCGCUGCACGGGGCGAAGCUAUUGAAGAAGAGCCACCAGGCGACGGCAGUUGGGCUGGCGAGUCAUCUUUGGUGGCAGGAGCUACCGGUGGCGCCUGCGGCGGAUGCGGAUGGCGAGGCGGAGCCUGCAGCUGAGGUGCCGGAGAAGAAGGAGUCGCCGAAGGAGGGUAGCGAGAGCACUGCGAAGGCUUACCCUCACCAAGACAGCAAGCGCGUGCUUGAGUGCUUGCAGAAAUCGUUGCGCAUCGCGCACUCGGCGAUCGAGGAGAUCAUCACGGUGCAGAUGCAGUGCGAUACGUUGGACCAAUACGUGUACUACUUGGACCGUGGAGCAGCGGCUGUCCAGCCCAAGUUUAUUAGCAACCUCGUCGAGCUCAUCACGUCCAACAUCGACAGCAUUGCCGAGGCGCACCCGUCACAGCGUCCGCCACCCGGCUUACUCGAGGGCGUGCAGACGCCAGAGAUGAUCGCGCGGCACUUCAAGAACACGCUCGUGCACAUCCAGCGGCGCAAGAACGCGGUCGCGGAGAACGAGGCCGGCGCGGACCCACGAUGGGCGGAGGUGGAUGUCGUGGGUGCGAUGCUGAAGAUGAACAUCGGACGAUAGUUGGUGCGUGUGUAGAGAGAGGUGAGGUGAGGUGGUGAGGGUCAGGUUGUGGAUGAAGAGAACGAUGUAGGGUGGACCGUCUGUCAAUGUGUUUACUACUCUUAUUUGCUGCAUGUUGUGAUCAUGAUUUUCUCUC